AUGCCCACCACCCAAGCUGUACUUGCAUUUCGCAAGGCAACAAUAGCCGACGUAGGCCAUAUUUUGAUUCUUGUCAAUACCGCUUUCUGCGGAGACUCGGGCCGUGCAGGCUGGACUUCAGAAGCUACCUUCCUGAACGACGACCGCAUUGACGAGGCUGGCGUCAUCACGAGGAUUAAUCAGAGCGGAGCAUUUAUUCUUCUGGCACAUGAUACUUCCGGUGCCUUGGUGGGCUGCUGUUUCAUUCAGAGCAAGGGCGACGGGCUUGGAUAUUUAGGACUCUUGGCUGUUGACCCAUGGAGACAGGCUAGUGGACUUGGGAAGAUGAUUCUCACAAAGGCGGAAGUUAUGGCUAAGGCUGAAUUAAGCAUUCGAUUAAUAGAAGGGCGCGUUAUUUGGCCAAGGGAAGAAACGAUUAGUUGGUAUAUUCGAAGAGGUUAUACCAAAACAGAUCGGACGGAGCCAUUUCCAUACGCGCAGGUUGGGAAUUGUAAGGCUAUAAGGGGAGAUUUGUAUUUCGUUAUUAUGGAAAAGGAAUUAUAA